GGCGCGCGCUAUCCCUCAGGGGGCCAUGGACAGCACCGCGAUGCGCCAUGGCUCGAUGUAGGUAGACCGGAUCACCUGCAGAGGCGCCAGAGGCGCGCGCCCGCCAUGGCGCCCGUGGCUUCGUGCGGAUUCGCCGUGCAUGCGACCAAGAAAGGGGAGCUGCCUUUGAAGGUGGAGAAGCGCGCCAAGGGAAAGAAGGUGACGAUCAUCGGCAAUGUCUCCGGCGAUGCCACCCGUUUGUCUCGCGGGCUGCAGACCAUGCUGGGAGUUGGUGGUUCUGUCCGACAGGCUGAACGCGGCUCUUGGUCAGUGGAAGUGCAGGGUGACCAAGUGCCACGCGUCACGAAGGCACUUCUCGACUUUCAAUGCCUUCACGGACUCUCGAGCAGUUCCUUAGAGACCGCGCGGACCCUGAGCGAGUCCCGGCGGACAGACUCCGUGGUGGAUCGUACAGCUGCUACGAAGUUCUUAGCCCAGACACGCUCAGGGGCCUCAAUGUCUCCAGAAGAGGAGCGACGGCGGCUAUUGGAGCAAGAGGCGGAGUUCUACGGACAGUUCUGGGAGAGCGCGAUCAGCUCCGGCGACUUCCUCGACAUCUUCGAGGUCGAAGUCCAAGAGCUGCCGCCCGGUCAGACAACUUCACCGCGCCGUGGCAAGCUAGAAGGCCCUGAGUUGAAUAUGGCCCUCCAGACCUUGGGCCUGCUGGCAGAGUGUGGAAAAGCCGUGCGUGAGUUCUGGCAGAACUCCGGCAUGAGCCUGCAGCAGUUCAGGAAGAUGGCGAUGAACCCCGGCGCCCGCAUGGUCGCGGAGGGCCCUGGCCGCCGCGAGGUGCCGACGAACCUGAAGUCACGGCAGAAGCUCUCAGAUUGGCGCUCUGGUGCUGCUCGGGCCAGCUACUUCUCGCCAGCAGUGAGUGCCAUCGACAGUUACGAGCGUGGCAAGGCAGCUGCCCCGAGGAGCACGGUGCUCACAUAUCCAGAGGAGCCUUCUUUGAAGGUGGAGGAGGACGAGGAAGGCUGGUGCCGAGCAAUGCUCAGCUACAGCGUACCUUUGCCAGUGCCCGCUUCAGGCCUCUCAAAGGAGGACACGGACCAAGCAGCCAAGAAGGCGCUUCGUGCCUUGGAGUCUCGGCUCUCAGAGGAUUUUUCAGGGGUGGAGCGAAGCAUCCCUGGAGUUACGUGCUUCUUGGAUGUCAGCACUUUUGGCCUGGAUUUGUCCAUCAGCGAAGGUGACUUCCUGCAGGGCCAGCGGCGCGAAGCAGGAAAGGCGCUGACGCCCCAAGACAAGGAUGAGAUGAGGCUCGAAAAGAAGCUUCGGGAGAUCUUGGCCUUGAAGCGUCGCCAGGUGGAGGGAGAGAAGUUGGAGAAGCUUCAGGCAGAGAAGGUGCAGAAGCGGGUGGAGCUCUUCCAAGAGGUCGCUGAGCUCAAACUUCGGAGAGCUGAGAAGGAGCUGAUGCGGCUCUUCAAGAAGAAGCAAAAGGGCUUUCAGGAGGCAUUCUGGGCUGCGGAAGCCGAGGAGAAGGAUGCCAAAAGUGCCAAUGCCUCUGCGCCCUUCGGAGUGUUCAACCAAGAGAGAUGUGACGGCCCAGUCACUGUGAGCUCUGACCAAGUGCUGGCUGAGAGUGCUGCGCCGCGCUGGGUGGGAGUUCCUCUUCAUGUGCCUGUGAAGCAGGGUGAGGUGGCCGCCUUCACCGUGGAGAUUAUGCGUGGCACUGCGGUGCGCCUGGGCUGGGCUUGGCCUUCGGCGGCGAUGGCUCCAGUGGGUCGAGAUGCUGAGGGCUUCGGCUUUGAGAGCAGCGGACAGAAGGUCACUAAAGGCCACGGAGAGAUCUAUGGUGAAGGCUUUGGCGCGGGCGACACCAUCCACUGCGAGGCCGAGCGGGAAGACGGCAGGUUGCGGAUCGGCUUCGCCCACAACUCGGAGCCCUUGGGCGUUGCCUUCGACGUGAGGGACCAGUGGCCGGAGCAGAGCCUGACGGCAGUGGUCUCGGGGAAGAACUUCAAGGUUCAGUUGAUCUCUGCAGAGGCGAUGCCAUUGGAGGAGGCACCUGAGCCUAUUCUGCAGAACUAUGUCAGCUACGACCCGCCCAAGUUGGCACGGGUUCAGAGGGACUUCCAAGCCGGCGGGCAGGAGAACUUACUGCUUUGGUCCGGAGAGACUGUCUACGUGUCGGCCAACGACGGGGAGGGAUGGCUCUAUGGGUUCUUCCUGGACGAAGAGGACCCGGAUGAUGGAGGAUGGUUCCCGGUGGAUGCAGUGUCCUUUCUGGAUGAGGAGGAGGCGGCCGGUGAGCCUUCUCCCCAAACAGAGGCGUCCGCAGCCGAUCCGGAGCCCGCAGAGGGCUGGUCGGCGCCAGCACAGGUAGAGGAAGCCUGGCAAGAUUGGACCGCGGCCCCGCCACAAGAAGCGCCAGAAGCGCCGCCUUGGGGCGAAGCUGAAGCGGUGGAAGCAGUUGCGGAGGAUUGUCCUGUGGAAGGGCUAGAGGAUUGGCUGCUAAGCAUCUCCCUGCACCAUUACGGGCCACAGGCCAUGGAAUGGUGUGUGGAGAUGGGCGCAGUUUCAAUCGAGGAGAUCAAAGAGAGUUGGGAGGACUUUGCACAGGACUUGCGCUUGAAGCCUUUGGAGAAGAAUCGCUUGCGGAAGGCUUGCCAAUGAUUCCAUGCGCGAAACAUCGAUUCAAAAGAGAUCCAGUGGAGUUGCUGUUAAGUUAUAUAAUGUUGUAUAUAUAUAUAUAUUUGUUUUUUUA